AUGGGAUGCGGUGCUUCCAAAGAAAUAGAGAAAUAAAUAGAAGAAUAUGUAUAUAAUAAUUUAUAUAAUAAAGUAAGUGAAAAUAGAUGAAAUUCAAGAUAUAAAUGCAAUUCUAAUAUAAUAAAUUAAUGAAUUGAAAGAAAAUAAGAGCAAAAGAAAACCUGUUUAUGUAGUUGCUGAUUAAGAAGUAAUGAUUAAAUUGAACACAGAUAGAUGAUUUAUUUGUUUUUAAGACUGAUUUAGACAAAAGGUUUGAAUAAAUAGACACAGAUAUGAAAAAAAUCAGAAUCUAAUUAUUAGGUUAAGAUCAAUGUAAUUAAAAAUAACCAAAUGAAAAAAAAUAGAAUUGUAAAUAAACUGAUGAGGCAUCAUCAGAAAAUAAAUGGUUGGAAAUGAUGGAAAAUAAUGAUAAUGAAAUUACUCUUAAAAAUUUCUAGGAUCCUAUCCUUGAUGAUUUAAGUGAAAAAAUAGAUUAAAAUAAUAAAGAAUAGAGUAAUGACAAAUUAGAAAAUCUAGAAAUGAAAAAAACAAUACCUAAAUUAUAAUAAGAACAAAAACCUGUAUAAGAGAAGUAAGCAAAUAUAAGUGAAUUAUCUAAAUAAUUAGCUGAUGCAUUAGGAGAAGAUAUGAAAUAAGUACAUGAUGGUAUGAAGAGUAAAUUAUUCUAUAAUAAUGGAACAAAUUAGACAAAAGAACUAUUAUCUAAUAAUUAAUCAAAUGUUUAAGUUAGUAUACCAAAUAGUUCAAAUGCUAACAUAACUAAUACAAAUAAUAAUAAAUCUAGUAGAGUUAAUGUUUAAAAUACUCCUAAAACAGAUUAAGUUAAAAGAAAAUCUACAAAAUCAGGUAGUUAGAUAGAUAAAGGACAAGCAAAUUCAUAAUAACAUUUUUUUUCUAAAUAAUCAACAGAUGUUAUUGUAGCUAAAAAGAAAACUAAAAAAGGAUGA